ACAGUGAAGAAUAAACAAAAUCGGCGGAGAGCUGAAAACAAAACCCUGGUUACAUUUUGACAAGAGAAAUGGCUUGGCGAAGCGCAUCCAGGUCUCUGUUUUCCACCGCCAGAAUUUCAAUUUCUCGCUCCUCAUCUUCUUCUCUACCGCGCCUUCGUUCGCAGCCCCAUCUAAUCGGCCAGCGCAUCAACACUCGCCGCCUUCUAUCAACUUCAAACCUAGGCGCAAUUGGAUGCACUCAAUCGUUGUUGCCACUCCACAGUGUGGUUGCUGCUACUCGUUUGACCUCUCAUAUCUCGGUCGAGGCUCGUGCCUGGUGUGAGCUUACUCAGGUAUAUUGUUUGGUUUGGGUGGACAGAAUGCAACGAGAAAGGAAUGUAAUGAAAGAUGUGAAGUAAAAUUAAAGGUAAAAUGAAAUUUUGUAAGAUGAAAGAGUGUAAAGAGAAUAGUCUAGCAAAAUCUACUACCAUCUUCAGCCCUUAAGGUUGUAAAGAAAAAUGAGUAGGAAUGGGAGGGGUGUUCAAUCUUAGGGCGAGUUUUAUGUUGAAACAGUUGGGGAAUGAGUUGGAGGAAUGUAUGAUUAUUUAUGACACCAAGGAUCAUCCAAUGAUCACAACCGGUUAAAGGAAUUCGUGAGGGAAGUGUUCUGGUGUUGUAUAAGGUCAGUUGUUUCAUCAACAUAGAUGAAACUCCUCGAUACUCACUUUUCACCGGCUACUCUAGUAUUUUAGGCAUUUUCAAUUAAUUUGUAAUGUCAGACAUGUUGUAUAAUUAAUGAAUCUCUAUGUUUCUAACAAUUUGUAUGGAUUUAUAAUACCAUGUGAAUUUAUGUGAUUUCGUAUGAACUUAUUUGAAUUUGUAUGCAUUUAUGUGAGUUUAAGUGAAAUUUUUGUGAUUUUGUACAAAAUUAUUUCAAUUUGUAU